UGUUGCGAGUGAACAUUAUUUUUAUUCAUUAGAGCUUAAGUAGGCAAAAUGCACUCCCGAAAGACUCUCCUGGGCACAUUGCUGUGGAUAGGUUUUCUGUUGAACCUUAUUUGGGCGCAAAAGGAGUUGAGACGUGAUGAAACCUAUCCACCCCCGGAGCUGCUGAAGGAACUACGGCCUGUUCACGAUUCUUGCGUUGCCAAGACGGGAGUGACAGAAGAGGCCAUAAAGGAGUUCAGCGAUGGGGAUGUACACGAGGAUGAGCUGUUGAAGUGUUACAUGUAUUGUGUGUUUGAAGAAACGGAUGUCUUGCAUGAGGACGGUGAAGUGCAUUUGGAGAAGAUACUGGACAAAUUACCGGAAUCCAUGCAUGUCAUAGCUUUGCAUAUGGGCAAGAAGUGUUUGUAUCCCAAGGGCGAUAAUAAGUGUGAACGCGCCUUUUGGUUGCAUCGCUGCUGGAAGGAAGCGGAUCCAAAGCAUUAUUUCUUGAUCUAAAUAUGAAUCACUUUUGGUAUGAAACCCUGCUCUGUUUAAGGACACUCGUUGCAUUUAUCUAAAGUGUUUAUGCGCGUCCCUAUUUUGGUAUACAGAAGCAAUAGACAUUUUAUAGUAGAUUUUUGGUUUUUAUUGAUUUCGAAAUAUAGCGUUG